AUGCCUGGCUUCAUGUGGGACCUGGGCUUUUGGACAGGAUACAGCCCCCCGGUCUCUGCAGGGCCCUGUUUCCCAGCGCAGCCUCUCCCCAAAGCCCACACACAUGUCUUCGAUUACGGCGCCUUGGCCAGCGGGGCCGCAUCCGGCAGCGCCAGGAGCCGGCAGCCCCCGCUGGCAGCUCGGCUGCGUUUCCCCGGCGGUGCCGGGGUCCAGCAGCCCCGAAACUGCUGCCCCCGUGUGUGCAGGGGGAUGGACACGCUGUGGUCCCCACGAGAUGGCAGCAGCGGGCCGCGCUCCGGGAUGCGACACCCCCUCCUCGAGGGCCGCGACCCCCCCGCUCCUCGUCCCGGUCCCCCCGACGCGCACCUUGUGCGCACCUUCCGCGCCUCGGGGGGACCGGGACGCGGAGUGGCGGGGGUCGCGGCCCCCGGAGGAGCGGCGGAGCUGCGCAGCCGGUUGCGGGUGGGCCGGCCCCAGUUGCUGACUAAUCCCGGGGCUGAGUCACGGUUGCGGCGGGGAGCGCUGCGGCAGCGAUUCCCCCUCCCCUUCCCGAACCGGAGAGCCCCGACGGGGCGAGCGCCGGUGCUGCCAGCGUGUGGCCUUGCAGCAGCGUGCGGCCUUGCGCAGCGGCGGAUGCUGGCGGGCGCCGAUGCUGCUGUCAAUGACAACGCCGCUGUUGCUGUGGUUACCGGUGUGAUGCUUCGCCAGAGCAGAGUGAGCUCACUGGAGUGCCACCCAUGGGUGCUUGUGACACUGGAAGGACAGAGGUCCUUACGAGGGGGCACGUGGGAGGUGCUGCUCAGGACGUUGCUGUGGGUGAGGGGUGCAGGUAAGCGGGGACGGAGCCCGGUGCGGGGGCGGGAGGGGGCAGCGGAGCCCCGCGGCACCGAGCGCUGCACCUGCCGGCCCUGGGGCGGGGGUGAGGCGGAGCGGAGGGCACCGGGGGCCGGGGCGGGAGCUCUGCGGCGGGCGGGGGCGGCGCGGAGCCGCCUGGCGCAGCCCCACGUGCGGGCCGGGCGGCGGGGGCGGCGGGGCCGGGCGGCGGCGCCGGCGGGGGCGGUGCGCGGGGGCGGGGGCAGAGCGCGGGGCCGCCCCGGGGGGGGGGGCACGGCGGGGACCGGCCGCCCGCACCUUGCAGGGGUUGGGGGGCCGGGGGGGGAGCGGGGAGAGGUGCGGAAGCGCAUCCCUACACCGACCCCCCCACGGCGGAAGCCCCCCCCGCCUUCCCGCUGCAGCCCAGGUAGGGGGGGACCCCCGGCGGGGCGGACACGCGUGGGUGGGCAGGGGGCGGGCAAGGGGGGGUGGGCGGAUGCUACCGAUGCUGCCGAUGCUGCCGAUGCUACCGACACUCCCCCCUCCCGAGCACCGGGAGUCCCCCCCGCGCCGCCGGUGGGGGUCGGGCGCGCUCGCUGCGGUGGCGGGGACGCCUCCUCGCCGUCGCCAAGGCACCGGCUGCCCCCUCCCAACCCGCCCCCUCCCCACUCCGACGCCGCCCGGGCGACCGUGGCUUUAGAUUGUUACUGUGCCGCUGGGGGGGUAACAGUCUACAGCCAUGGUCGCCGGGACAGGCGGACUCGCACCGCGGGCAGCACCGGCUCCCCCCUCGCCCACCCCCGGGGGUCCCCGAGGCGGCGGAGGCGGGGGUCCCGUCGGGGGCGGCCCGCCUCCCGGGGCAGUAGGAGCUCACAUGCAGGAUGCAGCUCACCGCACAUCAACUCUUACUGUUCGGGGGGGCGGGCGCCGAGCGGCUCCUCCUCGGCCAGCGGGAACGAUGGGGACCCCCUCCUCGGAUCCCCCAUCCUGCCCCCGCCCCGCAGCCCCUCACCUGCCCUCCCGGCGGGGACCAGGAGCCUUUCGGGGAUCGUCCCCGCCGGGCUCGUCCCACCGCAUCGGUCCGCUCGGCAGUCGGGGUCCCGUCCCCCGGUCCCGUCCCCCCGCCUGGCCGCCGGUGCGCGGGGGGACCGCGGGCCGUUCGCGGAGCGGGGCUGGCGGCGGGGCCGGCGCGGCGGGGACUGA